AUGUCCUGGGUCGUCACAGACGCCAUGAAGGGGCGAGGCUGGCAGAUGCUGGCCUGCAGCGUGAGGGUGAUUCUAUACGUGCGGCUGCUGGUGUUUGCUUCCACUAUCUUUGAUCUGGUCCAUUAUACUUCCUGGGCCUACGAAGUCCUCGCCCGUCGACUGGCGUCGGUUGUUGUCGUGUUGCUGCUUCGCUACUGGGGCGGUGGCACGCCAGCGGCUUUGAAAGAGCUGCAAGGCAUAGCCUCAGACUGGUCCCACAUCGCGAGGACGGCGUUGUUCUGCUACGACGCUUCCUGGUCCGAAGCUUUCAAGCAGGGCAUGAUCAGCGCAGCCCUUUGGUUCCGGUACACCAACUAUGGGCCCUUCGGCCACAUCUUCGACUUGCUGGUGGUAGCUCCGGUGGAGGCACCCAGGAGACUCUUCACACUUUUCGCCACCAGAGCCGACUACUUUGAGCCUCGUCUCAGCGACUCGGAGUGGUAUCACGUCGUAGGGAUAGAGGCUCCGCGGUGCGCAGUUUUCCUCGUGGCCGGCUUCGGGUUAGCAAUUUACUGCGAGCACCUCGUGCACCGCUACUUUGCCCAUCGAGUCUUUUCAACUUCACGCGCGUGGAACCUAGUGCUCGCAGCCAUUCCUUGCUAUAUUGCCAUGCCGCCGCUCUUCUUCGCAAGUACGCAUCGGAGACACCACAAGUAUUGCGAGCUUGAGGGAGAUCCGCAUCCCGUGAAUCAGAAAGGCUUCCUCUAUGGCGCAAUGUUUUGGCUUGCCGACCGGGAGAAUUUUAAAAUCAGAGAGGAGUACAUCCAAGACUGGCUGCAGGAACGUCCCGAGCUGCUUGUGUUUGAGAUUGGACAAGGUCAGUUCGCGUAUGGGGUGAGCUAUGUAGUUGUGGCGGUACUUAGCAUUUUCCUCGCCCCGAUGUGGUUCCCAGACAACGUAUCGGAGUCUCCUUUCAUGGUUGCAUUCCUGGCGGGUAAGCAGCUUGGGAUGGCGAUGGUGGCUGCUUUUACCGCUUUCGGGCAUACCUGUCCUUUCUGGCCUGCCUGUUUGCCCUUGAGGUGGCCUUUAGGGCGCAAGGAGGAAGACCCCCAAAAGGCCCAAGCAGCUGAGCAAGAAGGCCUCGGCCCAUGCAUGUCCACACAUAGGUGGUGGUACUGGUGGCUCGCGGGGAGCGAGUCGGACCAUGACCAGCACCACGCAAACCCCAUCUAUGCGGUCUACGGCCCGUGGUACCACGACUGGUCUUACUGCACCUAUGCUGCGAUGGAGAAGUGUGGCUUGGUUUGGUCAGUGAAAACGCCCUGGGCGAAGGGAUGGAAGCCUCAUAGUAGCUGA